GUAGAAUUAGGAUAAAUCUUACUAAAAAAAUAUUAAUAUUUACAUCACCCAAAGAACUAAUUAGCUAUAACAUAGUAAUAAGAUGUUAGGUCACUAAAAAAUAAUCUAACCAUUUGUUAUGUUAGCUUACUAAUCUAGUGAAAAUGGUGACCUUAAUUUUAAAAUUUCUUUCAAAAUUGGAAUCAAACAUGCCCAAAAAUUCAUCUUUGCCAUAACUAAUAAAAAAAAUAAAAAUAAAUCCCAAUAUCAUUUCAAUCAUCUUCUUUUUGGGUAUAAUUGAUGACCAUUGUAAUGAUUAGCUACAUGGUCCACAACAUGUUUAACACUUUACUAAAAUCACAAUCCUUAAGCUAAAAGUCAUUCAUCAUUACACAUAAUAAUAGUAAUAAAAAAAAAAGUUACUUAAUUAUGGAAGAAGAAUACAAAUGCAAUAACAGAUAAAAAUAAUAAAAGUAAAUUAAAGCAAAAAACACAUUUCUUAUGCUUAAAUCAUUGACAUAUAGCUUACUUUAUAUUGUGGUUGUGAAUGCUCCUAAAUCAUUAACAUAUUGUUUAUGCUUUUAAUAUUUCAUAUACACUACUUGUUAUAUAUAUAGCUAACUUUGAAGUUUGUUUGUUAAUGGUGUAGACAUGGCGAACUCGGAAUCAGGAUCUGAUUCGGGAGCAGAAAAUGAGUGUCCAACCACAAUACCUACACGAGGGCCGACGCAAAUGAAUGAAAUAUCCAAACUAAUGGAUCAGGGCAAAAGAGUGGCCCUCGAAGUUAAUGAUAAAGGUCAAUACUGUGGAAAAAGCUACGCGAAGCUCGUAUCCACUCUGGGAGUCAGAUGUCGGCAGACAAUAGGGUUGGCUUAUAAAAAUUGGAAAGAAGUCAACCAGACUCUGAAAAAUCAAGUUUGGAAAGACAUUCAGACGGGGUUCAUUGUGCCGGACACCUUCAAACAUGAUUGUCUCAUCCUAGCUGGGAAGUUAAUGAAAGACUUCAAGAAUAGGAUGACAAAAGACAUCAUAAUGCCCGCGUUGAAAGAGAAUGAUCUGGGACGACUGGCACAAGUCCCUGAAAAGCACCCGGAGAUCGACGCUGCUGAUUGGUGCAAAUUUGUUGAAAGUAGACUAACUCCUGAAUUUCUGGAAUUGAGUAAGGUGCAACGUGAACGUUCCUCAAAAAUUCAAUCCAGACAUCGAAGUGGUCGGAGUGGGAUGGUGAACGUACGGGAAGCUGUGAAAAAGGACCUCGAAGUUGCAGAUCCUCCCCGCCACCGUGUUUGGAUUAAAUCUCGCACCAAGAGUAGAAAACUUGUCACUGAUUACGACAAGGAAAUUGCCGAGAAGAUAGCUCAAUUAGAGGAGAAGCUUAGUCAGGGACAAAUUCAGGUCCAGGGCCAAAACGAUAUCCUCACGCGGGCGCUCGGGACACCGCAGCAUCCCGGACGUGUCGUGGCCGCCGGCGACGAGAGGAACGCUGCCGAACAAGAGGAAGAAGGAGAGGUGGCUGGUGAGGCGUAUGUUCCACAACCAUACGCUCCUCAGGAUGAGGUACAACCACAAAUUUAUGCUGAGGAGUUCAUUUCCCUCAACGACCAAGGUAUCCUAUACAAUUUUGAUGACCAAGCGGCCCUUACUCAGCAAGUACAUCUCUGCUCUGACAACAUCGACAAUAUUGUGGCCCGAGGGUAUUUGUACGAGCAUGUGGGUGUGAUCAAAGUUCACUGCCAGGAUUACGAUGAUUCACAUGCUCGGAUCAUGGUUACGGAAAUCCUGCAAGAGGACGCUGAAAUCCCAGUCCCACUUGAAGAGUUCAGAUAUGUUAGGGACGUGUACCAGAUGUUCCUUCCUUGGCCUAAACACUUAAUUUUAACAACCGAGGGUCCACUCGCUCAACCGCCCUCAAGACGUGAUGCGUCAAAGGGGAAAGCUCCGAUGCUUUCUCCAGAAAGCCGUGGUGCACGGGAAGAUGAGUUGUUCACGGAAGAGAAGAUGGCGUUGAUCCCUAAUUCGCUGAAAUGGAUGAUUCAUGAAUUCCUAAGGCUCAAAGAUAAACGUGAUAUAAUCACAAUUUCUGUCCCCCGAGGAUUCAUUGCACCGCGUACCCAGAUCAUUUUAUCUGGAGAGGAUUUGCAGCAGGUUGCUACGUGUAACUACAUCGGCAACCAGGGAAUGCUGUUUGGAAUGAUGCACAUAUGGGAGAGCAUCAACGGUCUGAGAAAAAUUUUCAAGUUUUACGACCCAGAGCUUCUCACAGUGCAUGGGAUCAGCGAUGAAGAACAGAGUCAGUCUUUUGACGAUGCGGCAAGACGAUUGGCUAAUUGGUUAUCAUUAAUGAACAGCAACCACCAAAUGUUCUUUAUUCCUUGGAAUAUCGGGAUGCAUUGGACGCUAGUGGUGGUUGCGCCAAAGAAAAUUAUCCAUUUAAACCCUCUAAAAGGCCGCCCAAUUCCCGAAGAAAUAGAACAAAUGAUCGGAAGGGCAUUCAUGUAUAUAGGGGACGCACAUCAGUAUCUUGGCCCGUGGCAAGGAAUUGCACAAGCAACCGUCCAAGACAACCUAAAAGCCAAGAAUGCGGUUUUUAUGUUUUGAAAUAUAUGACUGACAUCGUCGCACGUGCCAACCCCAACCGUUACAUAGAAGAUCAAAAAGCUUUUGGGGGUAAGAAGCAAUACGAUCCAAAAACAGAAAUUUUACCACUACAGCGAAAGUGGAUCGAACAAUUGAUGGCGGUGAUUCACGGUGACGAUUGAGGUUCAAAGGUCGAAGAAUUUUUCUUCAUUAUGUAAUUUUUAUAGAUUAACUUGUAAUUAGAUUUAUUAACUUAUUAAUAUUUUUAACUAAUUUUACAUGUUUGUGUAAUAUUUAAUUAUUUUUAUGAAAUCAAAUUAUGUU